UAAUGUUGAUUGUCAAACGCGAAAUGGCGACCGUGCUAAGAGGCCCAUUACCCGCAGCUCUAAAGGCGUGUACAAUGUUUAUUUCCUUCAUAUUUCAGUAUCCAAUCGGUUGUACCACUAUAUUUACCGUGGAGAGGGAUUGGUUGAAUCAUGGCGACAGAGGUGGAGGUGAAUGGAGGUUGUGAGUACCCAGCUCACUACAAAGUCAUGAUGGACAAACUUAAUGAACAGCGACAGCUGGACCAGUUCACAGACAUUACUCUAAUUGUGGAUGGACAUCAAUUCAGAGCUCAUAAAGCAGUGCUGGCAGCAUGCAGCCAGUUUUUCCACAAUUUCUUCCAGGAUUUUACCCAGGAACCUCUGGUGGAGAUAGAAGGAGUGAGCAACAAAGCCUUUCGCCAGCUGAUGGAGUUUACUUACACAGCAACGCUCACUAUAGCUGGGGAGGAUGAGGUUUUUGACGUGUGGAAGGCUGCUGAAUAUCUACAGAUGCAAGAAGCCAUCAAGGCUCUCAACAAUAAGAUAAAAGAGAAUUCCUCUCUGCCAUCGAGGAGUAAAGGUAAAAAGAGGAAGAUUGCAGAGACGUCUAAUGUAAUUACAGAAAGCUUGCCAACAGUGGAAGGGGAACAUGUAGAGAUUGAGGUGACGGGAGAAGCAUCCAUUGAGGUGGAGGAGUCUGGACUGGAGGAAGUGGUAGAUGGAGAAAAAAGUGCUCAGGAAGCAUCAGAUGACUCUGCUUUGGCUCUUCUUGCUGACAUAACUAGCAAAUACCAGCAAGGGGAGCCAACAACACAGGUGAUCAAGAGAGAUGGGAUAGAAGAGCAGGAAAUUGUGUAUCAGGAGGAAACUGUGGCUGCAUCCAAAGUCCUGGAGAAUGUUGAAGUCGUUGAGGUGCAGAUAUCCCAAUUUGACAACAUGUUCCGUUGCAGCAAGUGUGACCGCAGCUUCAAGCUGUACUACCACCUCAAACAGCACUUAAAAACUCACCAGGGCUCACUGGAGAAACCCCAUGUUUGUGGCCACUGUGGCAAAGCGUACACGCGGGAAGGAGCCCUGAAGCAGCACAUCAGCACGUUUCAUUUUGAUGCAGAGGAACUGUCUCGAAGCCAAAAACCCCAGAAGAAAGUGCAUGUUUGUGAAUAUUGCAAGAAGCACUUUGACCACUUCGGCCAUUUUAAGGAGCACUUGCGGAAACACACCGGAGAAAAACCUUAUGAGUGUCCAGAUUGUCAUGAGCGCUUUGCACGAAACAGCACACUGAAGUGCCAUAUGGCAGCCUGUCAGAAUGGGGCUGGAGCCAAAAAAGGACGAAAGAAACUCUAUGAGUGCCAGGUAUGCAGCAGCGUGUUCAACAGCUGGGACCAGUUCAAAGACCAUCUUGUGAGCCACACCGGAGAAAAGCCGAAUCACUGUACCGUGUGUGACAUAUGGUUCACUCACGCCAAAGACUUAAAGGCCCACCUCAAAGAUGUACAUUCAAUUGAGGAUAAGACCACAGAAGAAUUGGUCAUCACUGAUGCGGCAGCUGCCACUCUCACCAUAGCAACACAGAACAUAGAAGGAGCUGAAACCGUCCUGUUGGAUGAUGGUAUUCAGGUUGAACACGUCACAGUCGAGCCUUUAGAUAUGAUGGAAAUGGAAGAGACUGCAACUGUUGUGGUGGAGGAUGGAGGAGUCGGGGAGAUGUGUGAGGAGGAUGUAGAGAGAUUAAAACGGGCAGGGCUACAGAUCCAGGUGGUGCACGUGACUGCAGCUGACGUUGAUGUGCAGCAGGUUGUGAACGCUCAAGUGGAAGUAGAUUUGGAGGGAGAGAUGGUGAACGUGGAGGAAGCAGAACGAGCAGUGGUAGUGUGACAAUAAGUCUUAAAUGACCUGUGGGACGCUUCCAAUUCCAAACAGCUGCAUUAUCCUGCAACAGACACUUUAUUUUUUUUAAAGCCCUUCAUGUGGGUAUACAGCAUAUCACCUCAGUAUGUCCAUCUAUCAUUUUUAAUGUCUAUCUUCCUUCCCGCAUUCUUUGAAGCUUUUAUCACAACUCUUGUUAGUAAUACUGUAUUUAAGUUUUCCAUCAUAUCUCAUAUUCUUACUAUCUUCAGUUCAUUAGUCCAUUUUCAUGCAUUUAUUUUUGCCUCUGGUAUUACAUAUUUUGUCUCAUGAUCUCAAAUUUCUUGCCAUGACAGUUUAAAGAGUGGUUGAAUGUUGCAGAAGCUCAUGAAGUUUGUUUUAUGCUACUGAUUUUUCUCAGUAUGCUCAAGUUUGACAUUUAUUCUUAUUUUCUAUUGAUUUUUAAGAGAAUGUCAGCUUUAAAAUAAAAUUGUUUUUGAGAAUGGACUAGUGUUGCAUCUGUAUAGUGAAAUCCUGGUGGUUUAAAGUUAACAUAGUGGGUUAAAUAUUAGUAGAAAUGUUCCAGUUUAUAAUGUGACUUUAGAAUUUAUGUUUCUUUAAUGUUUGAAGUUUCAUGGAGAACAGAGUGUUGAACCAGCUAAGCCUUCCAAAUCUGCAGCUCCACUUCCCUGUAUAGAACAUUUCCUCCACUUUGCCUGACCUGCCAGAACACUGACUACUGAAUGAGAGUUUAAAGAUUUUUGGACAUUAUUUUUAAUAAAAAAUUAAAAACAAA